AUGCUUGCCGUAGUAUGGGGAGUGGAACAGUUUCAUCUGAAUGUUUAUGGUGCCCAGUUUUCUGUUAUUACUGAUCAUAAACCUCUCAUUGGCAUCUUCAAGAACCAGAAGCAAACCUCCCCAAGAAUGGAAAGGUGGAAACUUCGACUCAUGCCCCACGGCUGUCAGCUGAUCUAUCGGCCUGGAAGAGAUGCCGAAAACCCUGCUUAUUACAUGAGCCGACAUCCGUGUCCCACAGCACCAGAGGAACAAAAUCUGGCUGAAGAUCAUGCCAGCUAUGUAUGCUCUAAUGCUGUACCAAGAGCAAUGACACUCAAAGAAAUAAAACAAGAAACCAGAAAUGAAGCAGAAAUGCAAGCUGUCAUCAAGGCUGUGGAAACUGGCCAAUGGAAUGUCUCAGACGACCAGAAAUACAAGAAGCUCAAGGAAGAAUUAUCAGUGUUCAAUGGACUAGUAUUGAGAAGAAACAGAAUUGUGAUACCAUUUACCCUCAGUAGUAAAGCAGUAGACCUGGCACAUGGUAAUCCUCAAGGGAUUGUCAAAACAAAGCAACUCGUCAGAGACAAAGUGUGUUUCCCCGGAAUUUACAAACUAACAGAAGAGAAGGUCAAAAACUGUCUUUCAUGUCAAGCCGCAUCGACCAAGUCACCACCGUUUGAACCUCUUCGAAUGACGUCACUCCCUAGCGGACCUUGGGAAGAAGUCGCAGCGGAUUUUGCUGGACCGUUCCCAUCUAGUGACUACAUCAUGGUAGUAACAGAUGAAUUGAGCCGUUUUCCGGAAGUAGAAAUACUUACCUCAACAUCAGCAAAAGUUAUGAUCCCUAAACUUGAUGCGAUACUCUCAAGACAAGGUAUUCCUUAUGUCCUGAAAAGUGACAAUGGUCCACCGUUUAAUGGUCAUGAAUUUAAGAACUUUUCUGACUACUUAGGAUUCAAGCACAGACGGAUCAUCCCUUAUUGGCCAAGAGCAAAUGGAGAAGCAGAACGACUGGUUCAGACCCCGAAAAAGCAUAUCAGAAUUUCUCACCUAGAAGGCAAAAAUUGGAAGCAAGAGUUGUACAAGUUCUUACGGCAAUAUCGCGCAACACCUCACUCCACCAUCAAUGUGUCUCCAAGUGAAGCCCUAAACAGCAGAUAA